AUGUCUGAGGCUCCGCGCCCAACGCUGAAGCUCAAGUUCAGCAAAAAGCCGUCGCAACCCGCGGCCGAGCCUGAACCUACGCCAGCACCUGCAGAACCCUCUCAACCGAAGCUCACCCUAAAGAUCGGUCGCAAACCACAACCACCUCCCGAAGCGCCCGAAGAGAAGCCUAAAAAGAAGAAGCUGUCCAAGAAGCGCCCUGCUGAGAAUGUCACCCAACCCGAACCUGCGACGGUUCAGCAAGGUCCCAAGAGGCUUAAGCUGAACCCAUCUAAGAAGCCUGGCCUCCAAUCGAUUCGAAUCAAGAACAAGGGUGUUGUGCCUAACCGGCCUGUUGGUGUGGGCUACGACUCGGAGGCAUCAGACAAUGAGGUCGAUCCGGCCAUCGAAGAACAGUUCAUCUUACGGAUGUUACCAGGCGAGGACUGUGAAUAUCUUCGUCAAACGAUCAACGAGCGCAGGUUUGAUAAGUCGGAGUUUUCAUUCAAGCCCCUCACGCGAGAGGGACGCCGCGCCAUCUUGAAGAUUCGAGACAAACAGUACGCCGCAGCUUUGGUUGAUCUUCCUUGCAUUAUCGAGGGCAUGAAGAGCUGGGAUCGUCGGGGAUGGUAUAAAUCAGCGGAUAUUUGUCAAAUGCUUCUGGUUCUGGGUCCUGUUGCAAAUGAUCAAGAGGCUUUGGAAUAUCCUCUUCCCCCAGAGGUCGACCAAACGGAUAACAAGACAUUGCAAUAUCCCCACGGUCUCGCACCGCCGUUGCGCUGGGUUCGCAAGCGUCGUUUCCGGGACCGUGUCAGCUCGCGCACCAUCGAACAGGUCGAAAAGGCAGUGGAGGACCUGGUUGCACAAGACGAGAAUUCUGUCUUCCCGCCUCGGUUCGAGUUGGUGGACAGCGCGUCUCUGAACCGCGCCGAGGGCUUCGUGCAGAGCGGAGAAUACGAUGAGGAGUAUGAUGAUUACCAGGAUGCAGAAGGCGAGAUGGACGACGACAUGUACGAUGAUCUUGAAGAUGACCUUGCUGCUGAGAUGGAGGCUGCUCUUGCUGCUGGAGAUGAUGAACCAGCUGCGCCUGCAGAGCAAGUAGGCACACCAUCUGCAAAACCGUCAACGCCAGCCGAAGCCCCUACGCCUGCUGGUGAAUCCUCUGAUAGCGACGAUUCAGAGGACGGAGAUGAUCUUGACGAAGAACAACUCGAGGAGCAGCGACAGAUGCAGCAGCACCGCGAAGAAGUCGUUGAACUCGAGGCCCUCAUCCGUACCGAGACAGCAACUUGGGAGAGAAUGCAGAACGUUAUUUUGCGUAACAAGAUGGGACGGCGCAUCCAGCAACUGAAGCAGGAUCUGGAGCUUAAGAAGGUCUCAAUCGGAAUGUCAGGCGAUGCGGAUAUGUGA